UCGUUAAUACAUUACACGUCUUCAUUUGUUAUAACAAGUGUUUUGAAUAUCAGCAAAGAGAUUAAUAUGAAUAAUAACACUAUUCCAAAUAAUAUAACUUUAUCAGAAUGGAACAUGGAAAUAACGACCAGCCUAUUGCCAAAUAUCAUCAUACUUUCCGUUUAUCUUGUUCUUGGUAUUUGUGGAAACGUCUUUGUGUUGAUGGUGUAUGCAUUUCAAAUGAAGAAGGUAUCAGAUGAAAGACAUUUCAUUCCAAUUUUAGCUUUCUUUGACAUGAUAGCAACAUUAUAUCUUGGAGUUCAUUAUAUUGUUCAGUGUUUUUAUCAGACGACAUUUUCAAACAACAUUCUGUGCAAGACACUUGUGUUUUUUGUUGCAAAUACUACCUAUUACUCAGUUUUCAUAUUAUUUAUUAUUGCAAUUCAGAGAUACAUGAAACUUUGUAUGCUUCAAAAACCAUCUAUGUCGAUUUUGAUGAGAAGAACUGCAUUGUUUCUGGCCAUUCUCUUAUCCGCUCUGUUCGCUUUACCGUUACCAUUUAUAUACGGCACCAUUAAAUACCAAAGCACUGACUAUGGUAUCUCAGGAAUGAGGUGUGGAAGAUUAAAAGAAGGAAGUGGUGUCAUCAUGACUUUAUAUUCGAUUGGAUUUGGUAUGUACGUCUUCGUCUUAGUAACAACACUUAUCGUCAUUUACAGCAAAAUUCUAAAAACUGUGUUUCGUAACUUAAAGGAACACAAAAGUGACACCACUGGUUCUACGAAAGAAAUCGAAAAGACAGAUGGAGAUGGAAGUCGUCCUGAUAUUGGUUGUAAAGAAAUAGAGGUGAGCAUUAUAUCUGCAAAAGCAGCAAAACAGGCAAUGAUUCCCGAAACUUCGACAGAUUCUGUCGGACAGCACGUCAGUAGAAGCCCUGUAGCAAAUACUGUGGAAUCAGCUCUAUCCGGGAAACGAAGAACACGAAAUGAAAUAACUCGCAAAAUCACAAUUAUGUUUUUUAUCAUUACGACAGUAUUUGUACUUUGUUAUAUACCAAAGGUUACAAUUCUGUGUCUUGAAGGAAUCUACGAUGGGUUUUGGGAAAAUCUGUCCUCCUCGCUAAGACCUGCUGUGACGUUCCUGUAUCAUAUCUUCAUUAUCAAUAAUAUAGUAAACCCUUUGAUUUACGCUUUUAUGGACAUCGAGUUUCGUGAUAAUGCAGUAAUCUUUUUGAAACGCAUGUUUAAUUCGUGUAUGAAAUGAAAUAUCAAGAUGCAAACUUAAAUACGAUUUUUACAAACAAACAAAAAUCUCACCGUUCAGAACAAAUUGUAAAGAAGAUUGAUUCUAGUGAACAUAAUUAUAUUUGUUUUCAAUUCUUGA